UCAGAGGCUUGGAUGCCCAGCAGAAGACACUCAGCCACUGCUCCCUCUGUCUCUUCACCAGAAAGCCGCCCUUGUAACCCUGUGUCACCAUGGUGUCCCCUCCCUGCUACGGCCUGCUAACCCGCCAAAAGGAGCCAGUGCCACUGAAGAGCAUCUCGGUGACCUUGUCCAUUCGAGAGUUUGUGGCCGGUGUGUCUGCUACCUUGAACUAUGAGAAUGAGGGGAAAGACCCGUUGGAGGCCUUCUUUGUUUUCCCCAUGGACGAAGACUCAGCUGUCCACAGCUUCGAGGCCCUGGUGGAUGGGAAGAAAAUCGUGGCAGAAUUGCAGGAGAAGUCAGAGGCCCGCACCAAUUACGAGAAUGCCAUCAGCCAGGGCCACCAAGCCUUCUUGUUGGAGGAGGACGAUCAGGCUGGCGACAUCUUCUCUUGUAACGUGGGGAACCUGCCCCCCGGGUCGAAGGCGGCACUCACCCUGAAGUACGUGCAGGAGCUGCCUCUGGAGGCCGACGGGGCCCUGCGCUAUGUGCUCCCCGCUAUCCUGAACCCUCGCUACCAACUCUCCGGUGAGCUCCCAGAUGCCAUCCAGAGCGUCCAGUGCAGCUCCCCCGUGAAUCCUAUUGAGUACCUUGCCGAUAAGACUUCUGCUCAGAUCUCCUUGGCUGACGGACACAAAUUUGAUCGAGAUGUGGAGCUCCUGGUUUACUACAGUGAGGUGCACACCCCCAGCGUGGCUGUGGAGAUGGGGGCGCCCGCCACAGAGCCUGGUUCUUUGAUGGGAGAUCCAUCUGCGAUGGUGAGUUUCUACCCGAAUAUCCCAGAGGCUCAGUCACCAACUGCAUGUGGAGAAUUCGUCUUCCUCAUGGACCGCUCGGGAAGUAUGCAUUGUCCCAUGAAUAAUCAGAAUCCAUCUCAGCUGCGCAUACAGGCGGCCAAGGAAACACUGAUUUGGCUGCUGAAGAGUUUGCCUCUAGGCUGUUAUUUCAACAUCUAUGGAUUUGGAACGUUCUUUGAGGCCUUCUUUCCGGAGAGCGUGAAGUACACUCAGGAUACCAUGGAGCAGGCGCUGAAGAGAGUUAAGAGUAUGGACGCUGACCUCGGGGGCACAGAAAUCUUGGAACCACUCAAGGCCAUUUACAGUAGAACUUCCAUCCCAGGCCACCCUCUCCAGCUUUUUGUCUUCACAGAUGGAGAAGUGAACGACACAUUCAGUGUCAUUAGAGAAGUGAAAAGCAAUGGGCAGAGGCACAGGUGUUUCUCAUUUGGUAUUGGCGAAGGAGCCUCCACCAGCCUCAUAAAAGGCAUUGCCCGGGCAUCAGGGGGCGCGGCAGAAUUUAUCACAGGCAAUGAGAGGAUGCAGGCGAAGCUACAGCCCAAGUCAGAUGCCAACCUCACCAUUCAUCGCCUGGCUGCCAAGUCCUUCAUCCAGACCAAGGACAUGGGCUUCGAGGAGACUCCAGCAAAUGAUAAAAAAGAGGUGCUGAAAAUAAGCAUGGAGUGCGGCGUCAUAAGCUCCCACACGGCUUUCAUUGCCAUCAACAAGGAUCUCAACAAGCCGCUUCAGGGACCCCUGACUCGCAGUGACGUUCCAAGUCCAAUGCUAUUUUCUACAGAGGAUUAUGAUUCUGUUGAUAUGUCUUGUAAAUCUGCUUCGAUGGCUGAUGCUUCUGUUUCGAAAUUAUGGAAAUGUGGAGGUGGACCAGGAAUAUUCAGACGACUGGUUGGUAGUUUUAGAUCAAAGAAACGCCAGCCUCUCAAGGACGAGUAUGAUUCUUCCGUUGAAAUGUCACGGCAAGGUUCUUCCAUCGACAUGACCGACUUGGAAACUAACCAUACAGGUGAGAUGACCCUCGAACCCACCUGCCAGCCUUGGCAGCACAACACUGGGGUGGCCUACAUUGUCACAGAGAAAAUACAUGUCUCCUGGGUGAGGACUGAGAUGGGGGGCUGUGGUCCUGGGUUUGAGCUUGGGAGAUAUGCAGGCUGCACUCCCUGUCAAGGCUCCACCGCGGAUGGGCUGGUGAAAGCUGCCGUGGGCUUUCUGAAGUCAUCGGUGGAUCCUGCCAUCUUUGCCCCCUGAGAAUCCCGACCAGAAACACACGUGACUCCUUCAUGCUCCUGUCCCCGCCUGAACCCUCAGUCUUCCAGAACGCGAUCUUGUCUUGUAUGCCUCUCCUGUCAGUUUCCUAUAAUAAAAGUCAACAAUGCCCGCCCCACCUUUCCUCCAGGUUCCAGGUUCCCUCCGGAUAUGACAUCCUUUCCCCAGCAUGUGCCCUCAGCCAGGCAUCAGGGCCCCAGACCUGUUCUCUUUCUGGAAGGAGUUCAGAGGCAGUGAGGUCCCUCCCGGGUUUUUCAGAGUGACGACAUGAGAAACGAGGGGCGUGGACUCUAGGCUACAGGUUGCUGGGUUGAUGUUAGGGAUGGCCUGGAUUGGAAAGUUCUCUGCAUUAUUUUUUGUCUAAUCAGUAUUGCUUUUGGGGACUUAUGAGGACAAGACUGGUGAGCUAUCCAGUUUUCUAUUCUAAGGUAGAAUAAAGAGAUGGAGGGGCGGUUGACAGCCAACAUUGGGAUCCACAUAACCUCCACCUGAGGUUCAAGGGUCCACUGUGAGGGUUGGCACUGUUGGGGACCUUCUUGGUUCAUUAUGCCUGAGUCUUGUUAGCCUAUACUGCCCGCCUCCCCUUUCACUGCCCAAGGGUUGAGUGGUAGCUGUGGGAGACAGAUGUUUCUUCUUAAUCAGGACGCAUCUUAGUAAGAGGGCCAUCAUGGGAUCCUUCGUCCUGGCCUGACCCGUGAGGCCUCUGAAGCGGGCUCUGAUCUUGUAUACUUUUAUAAAAAGCAGGGCUAAAGGCAGCUUUGCCUGAGACCCAAAACCUGGGCCACUCACCCCAAGAGGAAGAAAGGAGCUCCCAGUGAUCAUGUCUGACCUUGCAGUCCCACACACUCUAUCCUAGUGGAAGGGACCCUAUUGGAUGUGUUGUUCCCUAACAUACUGCUGUAUCAAUAUUAAAAUGACACUUGGUUGUAUGUGA